ACAUGGGUGUGAAAGCCAGGCCAAGACACAUGCGACUCAAGAACUCCACACGAGCCAGACCAUAACACAUGCUACCCAAGAAAUCCACACGAGCAAUAUACACUCCACAUGUCUACAGGCUGACUUGAAUACUCUGCAGAGAUGGUCAUCUAGGAUGCAGAUGAAGUUUCAUCCUGACAAGUGCAAAGUAAUGCACCUGGGAAGAAGAAACCCCACACACGAGUAUACUAUGACAAAGGAAGAUGGAACACUCCACACGCUGAAGGUGACACAUGAGGAGAAGGACUUGGGGGUGACGAUUGACAGUAACCUCAAGUUUAGCACACACGUCCAGGUUCAAGUAAACAAGGCCAACAGAGUCCUGGGUGCAAUUAGGCACACCUUCAAGUACCUGGACAAGGAGGCUUUUCUACCUCUUUAUAAGAGCUUAGUCCGUCCACAUUUAGAAUAUGCAACCGUGAUCUGGUGUCCUACAACCAAGAGAGACAGGGACAGUGUCGAAAGAGUGCAGAGAAGAGCUACAAAGCUUGUGGAGUCAGUGUCCCACUUGCCUUAUCCCCAGAGGCUCCAGGCUCUCCAGUUACCGACACUCAACUUCAGAAGACAAAGGACAGACGUGAUCCAGCUUUACAAAAUCACACACGGGUAUGACAAAGUAAGAGUUGGAAACAGCUGCAGUAUUUGUAGAGGGACCAUGUUUGAACCCAGUCUUUCAACCACCACACGGGGCCACUCCUUCAAGUAUCAAGUACAAAAAUCACACGGGACGAGGAAGUGCUUCUUCUCUUCAAGAGUCACAAGUGUGUGGAACUCUCUUUCCCAGGAAGCAGUGUCCAGCAAAUCAGUAAAUGAGUUCAAGAACCAUAUUGCACACGAGUGGAAGAACCACCAGGAUAUGUACAACUACACCUUUACGUACUGAACACAGGAGUAGAACUGCUACCGCCGAAAUUACCCGAAGUGCGGUCUCAUUACCCACACAGGGUACCUAUUGACCGGCUACAGGUGAGAAAUACAGGUG